CUUGCUUCUUUCCCUCAACACCCCAUCUUGGCACUGUCACUACUUCGUCUUUCUCCCCAGUCACCACAACUACCACCGAUGAAGGCAGCAGAUCGGAGCAACAACGAGCAGCCAGCACCGUCGGCCAUCGCAACCACCAACGCCAUCUCCGGUCACCACCAGCUCUCACUCUCUCUCUCUCUCUCUCUCUCUCAUCGGUGAGCGGACGGUGAAUGGUGGAAGUGACCGGCGACCUUGAUCUCUUUUCUUCCUCCGGCGAACCACCGACCCAGAUCCCAUUUCCAUCGCCAACUCUUUUAAAUUGUUGUGAAAUAUACUAUGCUGCAAGACAAACACCACUGCAAAACAAAACAUGGUAAAUUUAUUCAAAAAAAAAAAACAAAAUACUAUAAAUAAAUUUAAUACACUGACAAAAUUGCACAAAGCUUCUGCGGAGGUGGUUAAGCCGGAAGACGUGCAGAGAUUAUGAGAACGCGAAGGUGACGAAACUGGAAGACGGGUAGCGAUGAUGCUCCGAACUCAGAUCUGAAGAAGAAGAAUCGCCACCGUCACUCUGAACUCAGAUUUGAGGAAGAAAAAUCGCUUCACCACCAUCGCUCGUGGCGCUCCGAACUCAGAUAAGAAGAAGAGAUCCAAAAACAAUCCCUCCGCCACCGUUGCUCCCAACUCAGAUCUGAAGAAGAAGAAUCGCUCCGCCACUGUUGCUCCCAAAAACAAUCACUCUGCCACCGUUCUUUACCUAUGCUUACGUGGCAAAAUUAAAUUUUAAUUUAAUAUUUUUGCCAACUAAGAUGCCACAUGGGCAUUUACCGGCAAUGACAUGAUGGUUAACCGGCUAAUGGGAAGCCCACUACUAAAGAUGGGCUGAUUGCAUAAAACAAAAGCCCAUUAUGAAUGGACCAGUUAUCAAUUUGGAGACCCGAAGGCCUUCUUUCUAGUCAUCCAUGUCCUACUUUGUUCGAGAAUCCUCGCCAAGCGUCGGAGAGGGAGACCGGAGAAGUUUGUGAAAAUGAGCCGGCGUUUAGUCGGAGUUUGGUCAUUGGCGGUUGUUUUCUUCUUCUCGACCGUCGGAGCUUCGCACUGUUCAAUCAAAGGAUUACCGCUAAUUAGGAAUAUCAGUGAGCUUCCACAAGAUAACUAUGGAAGGCCUGGUUUAUCUCAUAUCACGCUUGUAGGUUCAGUAAUGCAUGGCAUGAAAGAGGUAGAGGUAUGGCUCCAAACAUUUGCCCCAGGUUCAAAAACACCAAUUCAUAGACACUCUUGUGAGGAAGUCUUUGUUGUGCUGAAGGGGAGUGGUACCCUCUACCUUGCAUCUAACUCACAUCCAAAAUACCCUGGGAACCCGCAGGAAUUGCCUAUCUUCACAAAUAGCACUUUUCAUAUACCUACUAAUGAUGCUCAUCAGGUAUGGAACACUGGUGAAUCAGAGGAUUUACAAGUCUUGGUUAUUAUAUCUCGCCCACCAGUGAAAGUGUUCAUAUAUGACGACUGGCUCAUGCCACACACGGCUGCUAGACUUAAGUACCCUUAUUAUUGGGAUGAGGAGUGCCAUCAGACUACAGUAAAAGAUGAACUUUAACUUCUUCAACUAAAGAUGCUGCCAGAAAGAAGCCAAUGAAACAAGUGUAAGAUGUCCAUGAAUUUUUGUAUUUUUGUUACACUGAACAUCCAAGUGUUUUCCUUGGAGGUGAUAGAAAUAGUUAAUCACUAAAUGUAUUUGGGCAUUUCAUGCUAUACUAUUGAAUUCUUGAUGGUAAAAAGUUAGUUUUUUUUCCAA